CCGCUGAAUUUCCCGACACGCGCACCUGCCUGCUCCACCAAAAGCUUCAGAUGCUUAACGUUUGCGUGGAGCGUCGCGUGCAACAAGAGGCAAUUGGCAAAAGAAAAUCCGAGGGAGGGAGGCCCAGUUCCCAGGAGAAGGAGGCAGCUGAGGAGGAGGACGACGAUGAGGGAGAAUUCUUCGACUGCGAUGAACCUACCGCCGGUUCUGGUUCUCCGACCAAAGCAGUUCUCAGCCUAAAGCCCGAGGGUCGCCUUAAGCGUUUGAACGACGAGCGAUUGCUGGACGAGCCUGAGGAGUAUCUCUACAUACCAGAGACCCAAGAACCAGUCCCCAAGACAGAGGAUCAGCUGCAGGACGAUGCAGAGGUCAUGUUGAAGCUUGGACCUGGUUCAGGUCUUACGACUCAAAUGAUGUGUACUUCUCUGCUCUCCGAUAUGGAGGCCUUCAAGGCUGCUAAUCCGAGGGGUAAGAUAGAGGAUUUCAUACGCUGGUACAGCCCCAAAGACUGGGAGGAGGUCUCAGAUGAAAAUGGACAGAAAAAGCAUCAAUUGAGUGUAAGAAUGACCACCGAGGGCAACACCUGGCUGAAGGUUUGGGAACAGGCUCAGGCUGUUCCAGUUAGCCGGCAGAAGAGACUCUUCGAUGACACCAACGAGGCUUUGAAGGUUCUUCAUUACAUGGAGACACGAAAAAUGCACGAAAUCUACAAUCUGACUAUAAUUCCCCUACUACAUUCUGCCAUACUUAAACUUAUAGUGAGUGAUUAUAAAAGUUUAUUUUUUAAUUAAUUAAUAAUCAUCAAA